AUGAUUACGAGUUUAUUAUUACAAAGUAGUAGUUGUAAUGGUUGUUUGAAGCAUGAGAAAAUUGCUCUCUUGCAACUCAAGUCUUCCUUCAGACAUUCUGAUAAUAGCCCCAUGGCGGCUUGGGGAAGUGUUGAGAAUUGUUGUAAUUGGACAAGAGUUGAGUGCAAUCAUAAUACUGGGGAAGUUGAUGAACUCGAUCUUUACGGCGUACAAUAUUCUAAUUCAGAAGAGUGGUAUCUAAAUGCUUCUUUAUUUCUUCCCUUUCAUAAAUUGAAAGUUCUCGAUUUAGGUUCCAACAACAUAGCUGGAUGGAUCAAGAAUAAAGAAUUGCUGAAGUUGAGGAAUCUGGAGCGCCUUAGCUUAAGAGGAAAUCUCUUUAAUAACAGUAAUCUAUCAUUCCUCAAAGGGCUCUCAUCUCUCAAAAGUCUGGACAUAAGCAGCAAUCAAUUCGAAGGACCAUUCAAUUUCAAAGAACUACGAACCUUAAAAAGCUUAGAGGAGCUGGACUUGAGUGGAAAUAACAACAUUACAAAAUUUGUGGACCCACCAGAUAAAAGAAGUCUAAGCAACUUAAGUCUCCUUCUAGAUUCUAUCACCAUAGAUGGAAGAAGCCAUCUUGUAGAAUCCUUGGGGAAAUUCCCCUAUCUCAAAGCCCUAUCUCUACGCUUUUGCGAAAUUUUCAAUGCAACAUCAUUUGGUCAAGACUUGCUUAAUUUCAAAAACUUAGAGCAUUUGGACUUAAGUUAUUCUACUAUCGAGAGUGGCUUUCAUCUACAAAGCAUUGGAAUGAUGAGGAAUCUUAAAACUAUAUCAUUGCAAUAUUGUGAACUCACUGGAUCCAUACCUACCGACAGAGGUCUUUGUGAAUUAAAGUAUCUGCAGCAACUAGACUUAAGCGGAAAUCAAUUCAAUGGUAGCUUGCCAUGGUGUCUAGCAAAUUUGACAUCCCUUAAACUAUUAGAUCUCUCUUAUAAUAAUUUUAUAGGAGAUGUUGCUUUAUUUGUGAAUUAA